UCAAAGAUCUCUGAAGUAAGAGUAGCAGAGACUCAAAAUGUGCAUUCUGUGUCAGAGAUCAUAAAACUAGUGAGUAUAAAUGUGAAAUAUGCUCAAAAAGAGAUGAAAUAUAUUAACAUACUCUGCUUAAAUGCUCUAAUUGCAAAGAAAAACAUGCAUCUAGCUCAAAAGAAU